AUGAGUACAUCUACUUCGAUCAGGUCCAGCCAUACCAGCACAGAGGGCCUACACGCCGUCCCUCAGUCUUCACCAAACACGUCUACUGUCUUGCGCAUAAAGCAAUAUUUGAAACACACACAGAAAAAAUGGGGGCCCCUGAUGGCUGCUAAAGAGAGUUGGGAGGAUGAGUACAACUUUCCUGCCGGCAGAUAUGCCGAAACGGGUGAUUUCCGGGACACGGGAGUGACUCUCGUCCUAAUGCUUGCCGUCCGUCGAUACCCUCGACAAUGA